AUGAAUCUAGAACCUCUUCAAAGUACCUAUAUUCUGCUGAAGUCUCCUCAGUGUGUUUUUAGCAAUGAUUUGUUAGAAAACGUGACAUCCAAGAAACAGCACCAUCUUGAGGGCAAGCGUUUCGAUGAGCGCAUUGCUCCAGGAAAUAUUAUGAAAGAGCACCCGAAAACCCAUACUGAAGAGAACCCCUGCGAAUGCGAAGUUUGUAAUUUUAGGCUCAAGAGAGAAGAUACUCACCGAAUUCAUGUUCAAACUCACACAGAGAAGCCCUAUUUGUGCACGGUCUGUGGUAAGAGAUUCUCUAGAAAGGACCCUCUCAUGGAUCACCUCAGACGACACAUUGGGGAAAAGGCUUUCGAAUGCAAAUUUUGCAAAGAGGGAUUUAUAACAGCAACUUCCUUCAGACAUCAUCUUUGGACUCAUUCAGAUGAGAAGUCUUAUAAAAGACCAGAUUGCAAUGAGGCAUUUCCAACAGGAAGCAGUCUUAAAACCCACCUUCGAACGCAAACAGGGGAAAUGCUCUAUAAGUGCUUACUUUGCAAUAAGACAUUUUCAUCAGGAAGUAAGCUGCGAGAUCACCUUCGAACGCAUACAGGGGAGAAGCCUUAUGAGUGCGAAGUUUGCAACAAGUCAUUUUCAACAGGAAGUAAGCUGCGAGAUCACAUUCGAACGCAUACAGGGGAAAUGCUCUAUAAGUGCUUAGUUUGCAAUAAGGCAUUUUCAAGAGGAAGUAAGCUGCGAGAUCACAUUCGAACGCACACAGGGGAAAAGCCCUAUGAGUGCGAAGUUUGCAAUAAGGCAUUUUCAAGAGGAAGUAGGCUGCGAGAACACCUUCGAACGCACACAGGGGAAAAGCCCUUUAAGUGCGAAGUUUGCAAUAAGGCAUUUUCAAGAGGAAGUAAGCUGCGAGAUCACAUUCGAACGCACACAGGGGAAAAGCCCUUUAAGUGCGAAGUUUGCAAUAAGGCAUUUUCAAGAGGAAGUAGGCUGCGAGAACACCUUCGAACGCACACAGGGGAGAAGCCCUUCAAGUGCCAAGUUUGCAGCAAGGCAUUUUCAACAGGAAGUAAGCUGCGAGAUCACCUUCAAACGCACACAGGGGAGAAGCCUUAUGAGUGCGAAGUUUGCAAUAUGGCAUUUUCAAGAGGAAGUAAGCUGCGAGAUCACCUUCUAACGCACACAGGGGAGAAGCCCUAUAAGUGCGAAGUUUGCAGCAAGGCAUUUUCAACAGGAAGUAAGCUGCGAGAUCACCUUCGAACGCACACAGGGGAGAAGCCUUAUGAGUGCGAAGUUUGCAAUAUGGCAUUUUCAACAGGAAGUAAGCUGCGAGAUCACCUUCUAACGCACACAGGGGAGAAGCCCUAUAAGUGCGAAGUUUGCAGCAAGGCAUUUUCAACACGAUUUGACCUAGGGAAACAUCUUCGAACGCACACAGGGAAAAAGCCCUAUGUGUGCGAAGUUUGCCGCAAUUCAUUUUCAACAGGAAGUGGGCUGCGAUGUCACCUUCGAACGCACACAGGGGAGAAGCCCUUUAAGUGCCAAGUUUGCAGCAAGGCAUUUUCAACAGAAGUAGCUGCGAAACACCUUCGAACGCACACAGGGGAGAAGCCUAUAAGUGCAAAGUUUGCAGCAAGGCAUUUUCAUCAGGAAGUGACCUGCGACGUCACCUUCAAACGCACACAGGGGAGAAGCCCUUUAAGUGUGAAGUUUGUAGUAAGGCACUUACAUCAGGAACUAAGCUGCGAAAUCACCUUCGAACGCACACGGGGGAGAAGCCCUAUAAGUGUGGUUUGCAGCAAGGCAUUUGCAACAGGAAGUGACCUAAGAAUACACCUUCGAACGCACACAGGGGAGAAGCCUUAUGAGUGCGAAGUUUGCAAUAUGGCAUUUUCAAGAGGAAGUAAGCUGCGAGAUCACCUUCGAACGCACACAGGGGAGAAGCCCUUUAAGUGCCAAGUUUGCAGCAAGGCAUUUUCAACAGCAAGUGUGCUAGGAAAACACCUUCGAACGCACACAGGGGAGAAGCUCUAUAAGUGCAAAGUUUGCAGCAAGGCAUUUUCAUCAGGAAGUGACCUGCGACGUCACCUUCAAACGCACACAGGGGAGAAGCCCUUUAAGUGUGAAGUUUGUAGUAAGGCACUUACAUCAGGAACUAAGCUGCGAAAUCACCUUCGAACGCACACGGGGGAGAAGCCCUAUAAGUGUGGUGUUUGCAGCAAGGCAUUUGCAACAGGAAGUGACCUAAGAAUACACUUUCGAACGCACACAGGGGAGAAGCCUUAUGAGUGCGAAGUUUGCAACAAGUCAUUUUCAACAGGAAGUAAGCUGCGACGUCACCUUCAAACGCACACAGGGGAGAAGCCCCAUAAGUGUGAAGUUUGCAGCAAGGCAUUUGCAACAGGAAGUGGCCUAAGAAGACACUUUCGAACGCACACAGGGGAGAAGCCCUAUAAGUGCGAAGUUUGUAGUAAGGCACUUACAACAGGAACUAAGCUGCGAAAUCACCUUCGAACGCACACAGGUCAGAAGCCCUAGAAGUGCAAAGUUUGCAGCAGUUGGAGAUCCUAUCGUAAGAAUAAAAGUAAUAACAAUAUCGUGUUUUCUGAUUGAUGGCUUUGUAUCACAGUCUUACUUCCAACGCCCGGUUUCAAUAAAGCGUAUU